AUGGCAAGGCGAAAAUGCCACGAAGAGGCAAGUAGCACGCAUUCAGUGGAAGCAACAACUUCCCACCAGCCGCGCCACCUAGGUCCCAGUGCGUAUCCACGAGUCGUGAAAUCUUCGAUACUGCAAUCUCACGCUGUCGUUGCCGAGUCGAGUCGUAGAUGGAGCCACGUGCUGAUGCAAUACUCUGUGAUACUGGUCGCGGGAUCAAGUCGUCAAGGAAGAAAACACCACCACACGUAG